CAAAAGCAUGUGCGACGAUAUUGGCGUGGCUGAGACUAUUGCGGCAUAAUGAUAAUAUUUGCUGUUGUUGCACAGGUGGUAUAGGACGUAUAGGACUGCUAUUUUGGACUGCUAUUUUAUUUUAGUAUUAGCCUGCUAUUUUAGGCUCAUUUUUGCUAAAAUGAGGCCUCUCACAGCGGAUGAAACGAAGACCUUCUUCGAAAAAGUUGCAAGAUAUAUCGGGGAGAACAUCCGACUGCUACUGGAGCGACCCGACGGCCUCUACUGUUUCCGGCUGCACAAGGACCGCGUCUACUACAUGUCCGAGGCGCUGAUGCGGCACGCGCUCAGCUUCCCGCGCCACGCGCUCAUCUCGGUCGGCACCUGCUUCGGCAAGUUCACCAAGAGCGGCAAGUUCCACCUGCACGUGACGGCGCUCGAGUUUCUGGCCCCGUACGCUCAGCACAAGAUCUGGCUGAAGGCGUCGAUGGAGCAGCAGUUUCUGUACGGCCACCAUGUGCUCAAGUCGGGCCUGGCACGGGUCACAGAGAACACGGCCAAGUACCAGGGCGUGGUCGUAUACAACAUGAAGGACGUGCCACUGGGAUUCGGCGCGGCGGCCAAAUCCACAGCCGAGUGCCGACACGCCGACCCGACGGCCAUCGUGGCCUUUCAUCAGGCUGAUAUCGGCCAGUACAUCCGCAGCGAGGACACGCUCACCUAGUGACGUCAGCGUGACGUCAUUGGACCAUGGAGGAGAGCGGGGUGUCUCGUCAUCUCAGCGCAGGAUGAGGGGCGUUUGUUCCAAGUGUUUUUAUUGAAUAUACCUGUUUGUGUUA